AUGGACUUCCACAUUGUCACCAGAAGCAGGAAUGGAGCCUGGGUACAAGUCCUUGCUGAUGAUCUCACCCUAUUGUCCAACAGCAUGGAGGAGUUUACUAGCCAAAUACAGGGCCUCUACAGUAUCGCGGCAAAAACCGGCUUGAGGGUCAACAUUCAGAAGGCUGAGUUCAUUGCUAAUAUCAAGCAGGCUUCUUCUACAAUCCCACUAGGAAACGAUACAAUGUGUAGAGUUCCUGCAGCCAAGUACUUGGGAGAAUGGAUCUCAGCAAGCGAGAGCGAAACCUUGACCACAGACGCCAGGUGCACCAAGUUAGAGAGGGCCUAUCAUUCCUAUAAGAACAUCUGUACCUCCAACUACUUAUCCACGGACAUAAAGCUGAACCACUACAAAUUGGUAGUAAAACCGUCUGCACUCUAUGCCUCUGGGUGCCUCUUGAUAAAUCGAAAGGCCCAACUCAGGACACUAGAGCUUAAAGAGAGGAAGAUCCUAAGGAGAAUACUAGGACUCAUAAGAGAGGAGGACGACAUCCACAGAAUCAGGCACAAUAACGAGCUCUGCGAACAUCAGGAAGACAUAGUCACAUGUAUGAGGGAAAGACGACUGACCUUCCAUGGGCACAUGACCAGCCUGAGGCACUCCAGGCUCACCAAUAGAAUCCUCGCAGUGUUAAGUAUGGGAAAGGCGUCAAACGCCAAGUGGAUCACACGUGUUAAAUCAGACUUAGAGGGACUGCAGAUCCCGUUAAAGACAACCGAGAACCGAACUCAAUACGGGCAGGCCAUCCUGCAGGGAGUCUUCCGUCUGUCCCUGACAAGCAAGAAGUGUACAGGCACCACCAGACCUAAGACGACGGAUGAGAGGAAGCAGGCUCACAGACAGAAGAUGAAGGCAUACUGGGCCAAUAAAAAUCAGAAGACCCUAGCUGAGAGUUAA